AUGGACGAAAUGUUAGAAGGAAAUCGAAAAACUAAAGUGCUGCUUCUAGCGGUUUUGGGCGCAAUAUUGUUCCUUCUGGGCUUCGCCGGGGGCGUGCUUAUGUCUGCGCUGAUUUGGGGAAAUGCCGAGGAGGCCCGUGGGAAUCAGCAGGCUGUGCGCCUGGAAGGCCUGCCUCCUUUGAGGGCAAUCCUGGGCCACACAGCUCCUGCCGCCAUACAGCAUUUUUUCAGCGACCCAAGGGUUUUCAGCGCCGUUCUUGGGCUUGAAAAAGAGUCCCUUGACUCCUUAAAAGGCCAACUCGAAGACCCAGGCAAGAUGGAGAGUUUUUUUCGCGAGAUGGCCAUAUGCGGGAAGGACUUGGGCUCAAGCCACACAGACUUUUUUGGCGCGCUGGAGUGCUUGCAUGGGAUUGCCAAAGGCAUGGAAGCACAUGCGGACCGCGCUCUAGAGGCCUGUCUGCUGGAGCACGGGGAAAAGCUGGUAGCCCACCUGGAGGCGCUUUUUUAUUUAGAAAAGGAAAAAGAGCAUCUUGUGACUGUCCAGUCCUACAUAGAAAGGCUCUGCAUGUCUGUGUUUCGGGCCAUCUGGGUGCUGUGCAAAACGUGCUUUGUCUCUGGAAGCGCCCUGCCUGCAGAGAACGUCGGCGCCUUUCCUCUCGAAGAAACGCGCCAAAGCGUGUUUAAAGUCGACAAAGAGGCCCAGAGAAUGCUGUACGUCCGGGCCAGCGCAGAGCCCAACGAUAACUACGUGGGGUUUGCUGACGUUUUUUUGCGCGAACCGCUUCCUAUGCAGCGCGUGUGCUACGUGGACAACGCAGAGCAGAGACAGAAGCCCGUUGUAAUCCCGCAGGCUCCCGCCCAAAUAUCGUGUGCUGAGAUAGUAAGGUACAUUGCAGACACACACAACAGGCCGCAGGACCAAAUCCACGUUUUCUUGUUCAGCCUCAGCACGCGCACCCUAACAUACACAAGCCCAGAGAGCACGGAGUACUUUAGCACGUGCAGCGAUGCUGAGGAGAUUCUGGUUUUCUACUACAUACCAAAAAGCACGGCAGAAAGCGCCAGCCUUGCGCUUGUGGAGUUCAGGCCGCCUGAGGAGAGCGGCUCGGCGCAAGGCAGCCCCGUUGUCUAUCUCCCGCUCUUCCUCAGCGGGCCAGUGCCUCUGCCCGACUGCGGCGCGCAUGAAACGGGCUCCGCCCGCCCUCCACGCUGCAUUGCAGACCUAACAGAGAUGGAUGAGGAGGCCGCGCUGGUGCUGCCUGCAGAAAAGCCCGAGAGCGGCCACUCGGCGAUGGCAGUAGACUUAGGCAUUUUAGACAUUUUAAAAAUAACCAGGGCCUACAUCAUUUCGCCUGCCGCGGCCCUUGAUGGCGAGCCCUCGGACAGCUGCUACACAAUUUCGUACACAACCCGAGCUGUAUGCGCGAGAGGCAGCAUGUAA